CGUCCACGGUCCACCCCCUGGAAACUUGAAUCCACAUGACAUCAAUGCGACGCAUCCCUCCGCAAAGAUUCCGAUUUGUGUUCUGAUAGGCAUCGCGUCGAUAAUGGCCAUAGGCGUAGCAGUUACCGGUAUGUACACGCUCACUCCACGACUCUCUUCAUUCAAGCACCCCACGCGCCACUGCUCACCCACUCCUUUCACUGCAAAGCUUCCGCUUCCACUUCGAUUUCGAGCUUCUUCUUCUACGGCCGUCAUCGACACCGAAACCAAUCCAACAGAUUCCAUCGUAGAAGAAAAGGAAGUUAGCCGGAGCAGUAACUCAUUGGCUUGUCCCGUUUGUUAUGAUUCGUUGACAUGGAACGCUGUUCCUGGUUUGUCAGUUGAUACUAUUCCUGGAUCCGCUUUAAAAUGUAGCACGUGUCAGAAAACAUAUGUCGGUAACCAAACGCAUCUUGAUCUCACCACAACAAGUGGAGCUAAGAGCUACGGUGAAUCCAUGCCAGCUUCCACAGAGCUUUUCAGGGUGCCAUUGAUAUCAUUUCUCUAUGAGAGGGGCUGGCGUCAAACCUUUUCUGUAUGGGGUGGUUUUCCAGGUCCUGAGAAAGAGUUUGAAUUGAUGAAGAGUUUCCUGAAGCCAGUAUUGGGCGGAAAUAUCAUUGAUGCUAGCUGUGCAAGUGGAUUAUUUUCAAGAUUAUUUGCAAAAAGUGGGCUGUUUUCUUUGGUUGUUGCUCUCGACUAUUCAGAAAACAUGUUGCAGCAAUGUUAUGAGUUCAUUCAGCAGGAAGAGAACUUUCCAAAAGAGAACUUCAUCUUGGUUAGAGCAGACAUAUCUAGACUCCCUUUUGUUUCAAAUUCUGUUGAUGCUGUGCAUGCUGGUGCAGCUCUCCAUUGUUGGCCUUCACCAUUAGCAGCUGUAGCUGAAAUAAGUCGUGUUUUACGACCCGGAGGCGUAUUUGUCGCAACCACCUACAUACUUGAUGGGCCUUUUACUGUUAUCCCAUUUUUAAGAACACUACGUCAGACUACGAGGCAAGUGUCCGGGAGCUUCAUCUUUCUCUCUGAACGUGAACUUGAAGAUCUCUGCAGGGCGUGUGGGCUGGUUGGAUUUAAAUGCAUUAGAAAUGGGCUUUUUGUGAUGAUUUCCUCCUCAAAGCCCAAUUAAGGUAUCUGACACCAUGAUUUCAAACUGAAUAGAAGAAACUUAAAUCAUUCUCAAAAACUAGCUCGCAGAGAAAGAGGACUACCCUGUCUCUUAUAUUUGUACAUUAUUUGUGAAUAUUCUUCACAAUACAAUGUAAAGUGAAAAUUUUCCUUCAAAGGAAGAUAAAAAUAAGGCCUUGAAAGUCUUUUUGUGUAAUAUUCACAAUGUCACUUUUUUGCUAGUGUGAUUCAUACUAAACAUUUG